UCUGCUCCCGCCCACCUGCCUGACGCGCAGCGGCCAAGCCUUGCUACCUCUCCUGCUAAACUUUCACCCUUUGGCCGCUUCGUAUUUCUUUAGACACCAGAGCCAAGAGGACUGGAAUAAUGGCGGACCACGGACUGACAAACGAAGCUGCUGAAGCUGCCUGCAAAGACGGAAACCCUAUCACUAAGGACUUCAUGAUGCAGCAGACAAUGCUGAGAGUGAAAGACCCGGUUAAAUCGUUGGAUUUCUACACACGCAUCCUUGGAAUGACCCUGCUGCAGAAAUUUGAUUUCCCCUCCAUGCGCUUCUCUCUCUACUUCCUGGGUUAUGAAGAUAAAAAAGAAAUCCCAACUGACAUCAGUGAGAGGACAGCGUGGACAUUCUCACGCCGAGCCACCAUCGAGCUCACACAUAACUGGGGUUCGGAGACAGAUGACAGCCAGUCUUACCAUAAUGGAAACUCAGAUCCUCGAGGUUUUGGCCACCUAGGAAUCGCUGUGCCAGAUGUCCACGCUGCAUGCAAGCUGUUCGAGGAGCAAGGAGUGACCUUUGUUAAAAAGCCUGAUGAUGGUAAAAUGAAGGGUCUGGCUUUCAUUCAGGACCCGGAUGGCUACUGGAUUGAGAUUCUGAGCCCCAACAACAUGGUGUCCAUCACCUCGUAAAGACGCCGCCAUGGCCAUGUGAUCAGCUAGUAGAUGUUUUGGAAAAAAAGUUGCUAAAGAGAGCAAAUGAAAAAUGGAGCCAUAAUUUAUGACCUCAAACACAUGCUCUUUUUAAGGAGAGGGUGAAUCAGGAGAAGCUCAUUGCGAGGUGCAGCCGGUGCUGAAUGGCCAAAACAGGGGAGGCGAGCCGAUGAGCUUUAGCCAGAAACUCAUCACUGACAAUUAGACACUAAUUAUGUAACCUGUAUUACAUUCUGAUUAUACAAAUAUCGAUUACAGCUAUAUAGUCACACCUGUCCAUUUUAGGCAGUUUAAAUUACGUGCCACACUACCUUUGUUUUGUUCAAAAAGAGAUUAUAUUUUAUUAUAAAGCCCUCUUCUACAUAUUGUCACUAGUAAAUUAAUAGUAGUUGUGGACAAUAAAACUAAAUACUGCUUGUCAAA